AUGGGCUAUGCACAAAAACGUCUGGCAUCGACGGCGGCAAAAUUAGCCUCUGUAGCCCCCUCUACACUUAGGGCAUUCCCUCCAAAAGAAGCCGUUGCCUCCAGCUCAUCUAAAACCUCGUUCUUCGAUGCUCAGACGUGGGCCGCUGUGCAGCCUCCGCCGCCGACGGCCCUGACUGCGUUUGCGCACCGAAUAGGCCUCGGAAAAGUGCUGCCUUCCACGGAGAUCAUCCAGCAAGCAUGUACACAUCCAUCCUUCCUGGCGCUGUACUCACGACACCACCCGAAUGAGCCGCUGCCUGCCACGAACGCAAACCUGGCGACUCUCGGGAACUCGCUGUUGGGCUUGUUUGCGACAGAAUAUGUCAACGCAUCUUAUCCUCACCUUCCUACCCGUGUCCUGAAGGCUGCUGUCAGUGCAUACGUAGGUCCGACGACCUGUACGGGCGUCGCAAAGGAGAUGGGUGCAACGCCUCUGCUAAGAUGGCAUCGAACACCCAAUACACCUCUCCGACCAGCCGUCUUGCAUCCAGACGCUCUGAGUUCGGUACCCCGCGCUCUAACAGCGCUAGUGUACCAAUACCGUUCUUUGUUGUCGGCACGCAAGUUUGUUCAAAAGUUCUUCUUGAGCCGUGACGUGGACUUGCGGACCAUGAUCAAAUUCCGUGAUCCUAAGCUAGCAUUGGCAGAGACUGUCGCUAAGUUUGGGCGAGAACGCCCAAUAUCAAGAUUACUGAAGGAGACAGGAAGAUUUUCCAAUUCACCAGUAUUCGUGGUAGGCAUCUACUCAGGCGCAGACAAGUUGGGUGAAGGUUUCGGCAGCUCGCUCAAGAUGGCUGAGUUCCGUGCCGCGGAAGACUCCCUACACAGGCUGUACCUCACACGUCAGCCACCACACCUAUUGCAACUGCCUACGUCGACAUUUGCGAAUGGGCAGGGCAGUGUGUUCGACGCGCGGGGACCACAAGUACCUUACAUAGCUGGCGAGAUGGGCGACUCAGAGAUUCUGCAUGGCAGUGCAGGACGGACGGGCGCACGCGUACCAGGACACCGCUCGACCGCUGCAGACGAGGAUCUAGAGGAUAUAUAG